CUGUAACAGAUACGGAUAAGGCUGAGGUACUCAAUGAGUUAUUUGCCUCAGUCUUCACUGGGAGCCAGGAAUCCCACAUUCCUGAACAUGUAGGUGGGAAGUGGGGCAGCAAACACCUCCCCACUGUAAGGAUUGUGACCAACUCAUGAGACUGGAUGUGCACAAUUCCAUGGAGCUGGAUGACAUGCAUCCCAGGGUCCUAAAGGAGCUGGCUUAUGUGGUUGCCAAGCCACUUGCCAUCAUGUUUGAAAAGUCCCAGGGGACUGAAAAAAAGAAAGCAUCACUCCCAUUUACAGGAAGGAGAGGAAGGAGGACCUGGAGAACUACAGGCUGGUGAGCCUCACUUCUGUGCCCAGGAAGAUCAUGGAGCAGACGCUCCUGGAAAACAUGUUAAGGCAUGAGGAACAAGUGGGUGAUCCAAGACAGCCAGCAUGGCUUCACUGAGGGAAGGUCAGGGAAGGACCAAUCUGAUGGCCUUCUGUGGCGGAGUGACAAUACUGGUGGACAAAGAGAAGACAACUCAUGUAAUCUACCAGGACUUUUACAAAGCCUUUAACAUGUUCCCCCACCACAUCCUUACCUCUGAAUUGGAGAAUUUGAAGGGUAUGCUAUUUGAUGGAGAAGGAAUGGAUUGCAAGGCUGCCAUCAGAGGGCUGUGGUCAGUGGAUUUGUGUCCAGGUGGAGGCCAUUAAUGAGCGGUGUCCCCCAGGGGUCCAUCUUGGGAUCACUACCCUUUAACAUCUUUAUCAAUGACAUAGAUGGCGGGAUUGAGUGCACUUUCAGCAAGUUUAAUGGUGGCACUAAGCUGAGCUGUACAGUUUAUAAAGCAGAAGGAAGAGAUGCCAUCCAGAGGGACCUUGAUAAAUUCAAAAGGUGGGCUCUUGUGAACCUAAUGAGGUUCAACAAAGCAAAGUGCAAGGAUUUGCACUUGGGUCAAGAUAAUCCCAGAUAUGUAUGAAGACUGGGAGAAGAACUCAAGAGUAGCCCUACUGAAUAUAACUUAGAGGUCCUUGUGAGUGAAAAACUAAAUAUAAGUCAGCAGCCCAGAAGGCCAGUGGUACCUUGAGUUCCAUUAGAAGAGAGAUGGCCAGUAGGGAGUUGAUUGUCUCUCUCUACUCUGCCCUUGUGAAGCCCCAGCUGGCAUACUGCAUCCAAGUCUGGUGCUCCUAACACAGAAAAGGUGUGGAGAUUUUGAAGAGGGUCCAGAAGAGGGUCACGAAGAUGAUCUAGGGACUGGAUCACUUCUGCAAAGACAGGCUGAAUGAACUGGAGUUGUUCAGCCUGAAAAAGAGAAAGCUGCAGGGAGACCUCAUCAUGGCCUUCCAAUAUCUAAAGGAAGUUUAUAAACAUGAGCAUUGGCUUAAAUUGUGCUUUAGGAGCGGUUGAAAUGAGACCAUUCAUUGAAACAAUUGGAAAAUGUACAGCAGCAUAUGUCAUCUGUUACCCCAAUGCAGGUCUUCCGAAUACUUUUGGUGGUUAUGAUGAAACUCCAGAAGUGACUGCAAAGCACAUAAAGAAUUUUGCAUUGGAUGGUUUGGUCAACAUAGUUGGAGGUUGCUGUGGUACUACACCAGCACAUAUCAGGAAAAUUGCUGAAGCUGUAAAAUUAUGUAAGCCUCGUGUUCCACCUUCUCUCUCUCAAGGAUAUAUGCUGCUGUCAGGUCUGGAGCCAUUCAGGAUUGGGCCAUACACCAACUUUGUUAAUAUUGGCGAACGCUGCAAUGUUGCAGGAUCACGGAAGUUUGCUACACUCAUCAUGGCAGGCAACUAUGAAGAAGCCCUGACUGUAGCCAAAUCCCAAGUUGAGAUGGGAGCCCAGAUUCUUGACAUCAAUAUGGAUGAUGGGAUGCUGGAUGGACCUUCUGCAAUGACUAGAUUUUGUAACUUGAUUUCUUCAGAACCUGAUAUUGCAAAGGUGCCACUAUGCAUUGAUUCUUCAAAUUUUUCAGUGAUUGAAGCUGGCUUGAAAUGCUGCCAAGGAAAAUGCAUUGUAAACAGCAUCAGUCUGAAGGAAGGUGAAGAAGACUUUCUAGAGAAAGCAAAGAAAAUUAAAUUGUAUGGGGCAGCUGUGGUUGUCAUGGCUUUUGAUGAAGUUGGUCAGGCAACAGAAACAGAAACCAAGAUUGCAAUCUGCUCCAGAGCAUACCACCUCCUUGUGGAAAAAGUACACUUCAAUCCAAAUGAUAUAAUAUUUGACCCUAAUAUUUUGACCAUAGGGACUGGAAUGGAAGAACAUAACCUAUAUGCCAUUAAUUUUAUCAAUGCUACUAAAACCAUAAAAGAAACACUGCCAGGUGUCAGAAUAAGUGGGGGUCUUUCCAAUCUGUCUUUCUCCUUUCGAGGAAUGGAUGCCAUUCGAGAAGCAAUGCAUGGGGUGUUCCUAUACCAUGCAAUUCGGUAUGGCAUGGAUAUGGGAAUUGUGAAUGCUGGGAAUCUGCCGGUGUAUGAUGACAUCCACAAGGAAUUGCUACAGCUAUGUGAGAAUCUAAUCUGGAACAAAGAUCCCGAUGCGACAGAGAAGCUUCUACAUUAUGCUCAGAAUCAUGCCCAAGGAGGAAAAAAAGUGAUACAAACUGAUGAAUGGCGGAACAGCACUGUGGAGGAAAGACUGGAAUAUGCUCUUGUAAAAGGCAUAGAGAAGUAUGUCACUGCAGAUACAGAAGAAGCAAGAUUAAAUCAGGAAAAAUACCCUAGACCUCUAAAUGUAAUUGAAGGGCCUUUGAUGAAUGGCAUGAAAAUUGUUGGUGAUCUUUUUGGUGCUGGGAAGAUGUUUCUGCCUCAGGUGAUAAAGUCUGCUCGAGUUAUGAAGAAAGCAGUUAGCCACCUUAUUCCUUACAUGGAAAAAGAAAGAGAAGAAAGGAGAGCCAAACAAGGCAGCUCAGAGGAAGAGGAUCCUUAUAAUGGUACAAUAGUACUAGCAACUGUGAAAGGUGAUGUACAUGAUAUUGGCAAGAACAUUGUGGGAGUUGUUCUGGGCUGCAACAACUUCAGAGUUAUUGAUUUAGGAGUCAUGACUCCAUGUGAUAAGAUAUUGAGAGCUGCUGUUGAGAACAAAGCAGAUAUUAUUGGUCUGUCUGGUCUCAUCACCCCAUCUUUGGAUGAAAUGAUAUUUGUCGCCAAAGAAAUGGAGAGAUUGGCAAUAAAGAUUCCUUUGCUGAUUGGAGGAGCAACUACUUCUAAAACACACACAGCUGUUAAAAUUGCCCCCCGCUAUAGUGCACCUGUAAUUCAUGUCCUGGAUGCAUCCAAGAGCGUUGUGGUUUGUUCCCAGCUCUUAGAUGAAAGCGUAAAGGAUGAUUUUUUUGAAGAAAUAUUAGAGGAAUAUGAAGAAAUUAGACAAGAGCACUAUGAGUCUCUUAAGGAAAGAAGAUACUUGUCUCUACAGCAAGCUAGAAGAAAAGGUUUCCAUAAUGACUGGUUGUCAGACCACAAACCCGUGAAACCAAAAUUCAUUGGUACAAAAGUCUUUGAAGAUUAUGACCUGAAGAGGCUAGUAGAGUACAUUGACUGGAAGCCUUUCUUUGAUGUCUGGCAACUUAGAGGAAAAUAUCCCAACCGGAGUUUUCCUAAAGUAUUUAAUGAUAAAACAGUAGGCGAAGAAGCACAGAAAGUUUUUAACGAUGCUCAAAAUCUUCUGAAAAUAUUGAUUAAUCAAAAGAAAUUACAAGCAAGGGGUGUGCUUGGGUUCUGGCCAGCUCAAAGUGUUCAAGAUGAUAUCUAUUUGUAUGCUGUUGAAGAGGCAGUGGGAUCUUCAGAACCAAUAGCAAAAUUUUGUGGCCUGAGGCAACAGGCUGAAAAAGAUUCUGCCUGUACAGAUCCAUAUUACUGUCUCUCUGACUUCAUAGCACCAAUGGAUUCUGGCAUUUGUGACUACUUAGGCCUUUUUGCUGUAGCCUGCUUUGGUGUGGAUGAGUUAUGCAAUGACUUCAGAAGACAGGAUGAUGAGUACAAUAUCAUAAUGGUAAAGGCACUUGGAGAUCGACUGGCUGAGGCAUUUGCCGAGGAACUCCAUGAAAGAGUUAGAAGGGAAUUCUGGGCUUACUGUAGUGAUGAGCAGCUAGAUCUUUCUGACCUACGCAAAAUUAAAUACGCGGGAAUUCGGCCUGCUCCUGGUUAUCCAAGCCAGCCUGACCAUACAGAAAAACUCACCAUGUGGAAGCUUGCUAACAUUGAGGAAACAACAGGAAUUGGUUUAACUGAAUCAUUAGCAAUGACACCUGCUUCUGCAGUUUCUGGCCUCUACUUUUCCAGCCCCAAAUCAAAAUAUUUUGCUGUUGGCAAGAUAUGUAAAGAUCAGGUUGAAGAUUAUGCACUAAGAAAAAAAUUGUCUGUGGCAGAAGUGGAGAAAUGGCUAGGCCCCAUUCUGGGAUAUGAUACGGAGUAACCGUGAUAGAUAUGUGGGCAGGCAUUUCUUUCUGAUGGUCCAUUUGCCAGAAGGAAAAAUAAAGUGGCAUCUAUUCUCUUUCAUCACUUCCCUUAGUAUUCACUGGAAGUGUUUUGUUGUUUUUGUCACUGUUCUGGUCCAAAAAAAGCCCAGAACCACAACUACCCUGACAAACCAAAUGAAUUUAAAUGCAAAUACGAGAAGAAAAUCCUUCCUAUUGAGAAGUUCCCUUCCAUCCAGCUCAGUAUUUGGUCUUAUUUUUCCUAAUUUUUGAUCAAGGAACUCAUAUUUCAGAUGUGCCAGGUAUAUGGGACCAUGAAGGUAUUGCGAUCUUAGUCAUAGCAGUGUGCAGCUAGUUGCAGGGUGGUAUGUGGAAGUUUAAUUCCCCUCUUGUCCUUAGGAAGGCUUUGAAAUGAGGGCCACGUAUUUGUCUCACUGACUGUGCACUGAUGCUCAAAAGGAUUUGAUUUCUGUUAUCUGAAUGUGUAUUAGGUCAAUGUCAUACAGAAAUAUGAUGUGAUUUUAUUUUUUUUUUUCUAUGAAGUCAGCAAAGGUUUUAAACUGAGUUACUAAGAACAACUGGCAUACAAACAGAUCUCCUUUUCUCAAAUCUAUCUGCUCCAAAUUUAGGUCUUGUGUGUACUGUUGGUUAGGUUUUUUUUUAUUGUCUAAAUACUAACUCAGGUUUUAAAAAUACUUUGUGAUGACAACUGUAGUUAAAACUUUCAAAAGAAUAUAAUGUGCUGGAACAAUAUCAGAGAUGCAGUAUUAUGAUAAAACAUUAAAUGAGAUGACUGAGCCUGUUCAGUUGUCUCAUGCUUGAUUUCAGCUGACCACAGUCUGUUUCUACUCUGUAUAAAGUGUAAUGAUACUUUCCUGUCUUCCUAUCUCACGGUUAGAUUCUGAGGAUUAAUUCAUAUGCAAACAAUCUUUUGUUUGUGGAAAAGUAUGAGAAGCAUAAUUAUUACUAUUAUCACAUAUUCUGAAAUCUUGGAGUUGACCAGUGUUAUACAAACUUAUAAGCUUCUGGCACUUUGAUUUAAGAAGCAAAUAACAGCAACACUAUCAUAAGUAACAGUUAAUACCAUAGGAUUAUUCUUCAGAUUUAAUGUUAAGUGAGCUAAUUGUUCAUAGCUCUUAAUAAUCCCCUAAAGUGCCUCAAUUAUUAUUCAAAAGUGAAUGUCAUAAAAUAUUAUGGCAGGGAAGUCUCAUUUUUCUGAUCUCUAACUGUAAAGAAAAGACACAUUUU